UUUCAACAUAUAUUUACGAGCAUUGGCGCGUUGGACAAACCAAACAAGACUUAUCUUUCUCAAUUCCAUACAACAGAUGGACUGCUUAACUUUGAUGAAUAACAAUAGUACUGAUAUUUUUAGCUGUGGCAUUGAGAAGUUGACUAGUGGUGCAGGAGGUUGUUCGGAUUAUUCAGAGAUCGACGUUCUGAAUGAGAUAGGAAGCAGAUUGAAUAGUCUGAGGGAUGAUUGUAGGCUAAUGGAUUCAGAAGGAGGACUUACUAAGGGAUGCAAUAAGUGUUUGAAGACAUGGAGAGAAAUAGCUUACACGUCGAAAAAUGAUUCGAUGAAACUUGAAGAUGACAUUUGUAGAUUUAGUAUGCUGAUUUUGUUAACAAGUCAAAGAGUUGCUGAUGAGAGUUGGAUUGACAAGAUCUUUCAUUGCCUAGGAGACAACUCUCUCCCUUUAGCAUCUUCUGCAGAUGAGAGUGGAAAUGAAACGAUACGUAGUACUAAGUUUAAAACUGGUAAAGUCUUGAAAUCCAUAUACAUAAAAAUUACUGAUAUUGCUGAGUUUCAGGACAAAAGAGUGUGUUUAUUGUUAAGCAUUGGUUAA